AAGAUGUGAGCCGUUUAAUAUGGGUUUGUGCGUGUACAUAAAUUUAUGCUGAAUUUAGUAAACAAACAUAUACCUGCGGCUGCUUAGAAACUGCACAGGAAUUCGCGUCCCGGAAGUAGUGAAAAGAAAUCCAUUUGCGUAUGGAACCUGUUAGGAAAAAACCUUUCCCUUGCAAAAUUGAUGGAUGCAAGCUGGCCUUUGCCACCGAAGACCACCUGCAAGUGCAUCGCGAUAAGCAUGAUAUGCUGCUCAACCUGGAGCUUCCGCUCAAAGCAAAUUUAUUUGCUGAUCAGACACCAACCCCAACGCGACUAAUUGGCAAGUGUGAAGAGGUGGGACUGUUUGAGGACCUCCAGCAUGUAAAUCCCUUCGAAGAAACCUUCCGAAGAGCCGUGGAAGAGAACCAGUCGUCCGAAAAAGUAGAGGACACAUCAGUCGAAAAGUCAACUUCCGGUUGUGAAAUGAACGAUGACACCCUUCAUACGCCACAUAUUUUCCCACUACUUGAGCGGCGGGAAAGCAUGAGGGAUCGACCUCAAAAAUUAUCUAAACUUAUUAUUUCGAGGGCCAACUCAACUGUUAUUAAAGAAGUUUCGCCUAUAUUGGAUGCCGAACCGGUACAUAAAAGCUCAUCGGAGCCCCGAAAGGAAGUAAAAAUAAAGCAGGAGCCAGUUGUAGAAUGCCGAAGCAAAUCUUUGAUCAAUAUCUUACCCAAGGUGGAACCACAAUCAUCUGUGAUAGCAAACAGUUCAAUUCAUGAACCCGUUAACAGCCUGAAAGGCAAUUUCGACGCAAUACAUCCAGUAAAGAUUAAACUUAAGGCUCAUCUAGAAAAAAAUAAUCCUAAAAAAUUGAAAACGGAUCCUCAGCCACUACAGAAAAUGAACAUUAUCAAAUCAGAAAGACGGCCACCUGUUGGAAGCACGAGUUAUUCGUCAUCCGAGAAAACGGAAAUACACGAUCGAUGGAAAGCCGCUGCUAAAAGAUACAGGGCCCGCGUGAAACAGAAUCAAGGUGACCUGAUUCGAAAAAACAGUGAACUAGAGGAGGAAAAUCGCCGGCUACGAACCGAACUGGCAUGUCUACGCAAAGAUCUUGCCCUGCAUCGGGACUGCCCGGUAACGAAAGCCCUGCUGGCAGGGUCGAAACAGCGACCGACGGUAGCAACAACGAAGCACCAUCAGUCGUCGCAACCACUUCCCGUCCCAAUUUUUCCUAUACCACCUAGUGUAGACAUUUCCAAAGGACCGCUAUUUCUUGUGAUAGGUGGAGCAAGUGCAAUACCGCUGACAACAACUGACACUACGAAAGACCCUCUUACUAAACCGGACAAACACGUUUGAUUGUUUUAUUUUGAGGAUGUUUUAGCAAAAAAAAGUUAUU